AUGCAUAAAAGCUUGCGUAGGCUGACAUGCAGCUUGCUAGAAGGCCCUGCACCCGGCGACGAGAUGAAGCGGAAACGUUCAUCAUACAACGAUGACGUUGACACAUCCCAUUCUGGCGCGCGUGAAAAGGCCACACUCAAGGCUGGAAAUACUGCUGGUGAUCGAAACUCCCUUAAUAACGGCUUCAACCCAAGUUCAAAGGGCCGUGCCUCGAAUUCAAGCACGACACCAGAGUUCUUAACACAGAAUAUUCUCACUUUGUUCCCGGAUAUCUGCCCUGAUUAUGUUGCGACCCUUUACAAAAAGAAAUCUACAGGAAAAUCGCACCCAUCUGAAGAUGUCCUAAUCAAUGCUAUCUUGGAGGGGGAGUCAUAUCCUACUUUGAGUGAUACAAAACGGCGCAGACUUGCCGAGAAUAAAGGCGAGAGGAAAAUUCGCUGGGGUGAUGGUGAUAAAGUCAAGAGAGAUUCACGCUAUUGGAAAUCAUGUACGUCACUUUUGAAGCUCGACUUUCCCCAGGUGCCACUGGCGUACGCGACCUAUGUUCUGAAUGAGAAUCGAUGUUUGUAUGGAGCAUAUCUUGAGCUCGAUAAAACGGAAGCUGCUUACGAAACUUUGAAUCCUAAGCCCAAAGACAUAAAACGCGAGCUCCAGGAUGCAAGAGAGGAACGGAGGCGACGUACAGUUUCACGAGCCCUAAAAGAACAGGAGCUUGAACGAGAAGCGAAAAAUAUUGCCGACCAUGCUGCCAUAGGCGGGCUGGUUGAAUGCGGCUGCUGCUAUGAGGAGACGCCUCUCAACCGGAUGGUAUCAUGUAGUGUCUCAGAUACCCAUUUGUUUUGCAAGAGAUGUAUGAAGUCCAACGCAGAAAGUCAAAUCGGCAUGAUGAAAUUCGAAAUCGUUUGCAUGGACAUGGGUGGCUGUGUGGCAAAGUUCUCCAGGAGUGCUUUGGUUGAAUCCAUUGGAGACGCCCUAGUGAACAAGAUUGAUGAUCUUCGACAACGUGAUGAGAUUGAGAAAGCUAGCAUUGAAGGCCUUGAGGAAUGCCCAUUCUGCGAAUACAAAGAAAUAUACCCCUCAAUCGAGGAAGACCGUGAAUUCCGCUGCCUUAAGCCAGGCUGUGAAAAGGUCAGUUGCCGUAAGUGCCACGGACUAUCGCAUAUUCCAAAAACUUGUGAAGAGAUGAGCAAGGAGAAACGCGUACCAAUGCGCCAGAAGGUCGAGGAGGCGAUGAGUGAGGCUAUCAUUCGGAUCUGCCCCAACCAAAAAUGCAAAACUCCGAUUAUCAAGGAGUAUGGGUGCAAUAAGAUGUGUUGUACGAAAUGUAGCACACUCAUGUGUUAUAUUUGCAAGAAGGAUAUAACUCAGGUCGGAUACCAGCACUUCAUUGAGGUACCAUCGUGGGCUAAUGCCCCAGUGACCGGCAAGUGCAUGCUUCAUGAUGGCCUGACGGCGAGCAGACACGAUGAUGAGGCACUUCAGGCUCGUCAAGCGGCACUUGAGAAAGUGUUGAAAGAAAAUCCAGACCUCAAGGAAGAAGAUAUUGAUAUUGAAGCCCCGAAAGCUCGCAACCCCCGAAGAGCUCAUGAUGCAGCUAUACAACUCCCCGAAAUUCCUUUCGACUUCUUCCCAGGCGUCGUACCACUACCAGGUAACGUACCACUGCCGCAACCACUGCCGCAACAACAACCUGCUCGCGAGGCUGUGCAGCCACGAGCUCGUAAUUAUUUGCCUCAUCAUCCGCCUCAAAACCAGCGCCCACAACCACCACUGAAUGUGCCUAUGCCUAUGCCUAUGCCUAUGCCUAUGGAACCAAUGGCCCAGCUCGCUAUGCAACGGCACGCACAGCUAGCAGCAGCCCAACAGCGUCUACAAGCCUGGCACCGUAGAUAUGGCAAUGGGCCUGCUGUUCAUCUUGAUGCAGGGUACCAUGCACUUGCACAGAAUCAGUUAGACAAUCAUCAGAGGGGGCUACUAAAUCCACAAGUCGGUAUGCCGCUCGCUCAAGGAUAUAUACAUGCUGUCCAUGGCAACAACAACCCUCUACACAUCCGGCAAGGGCUCGGCAUGGUGCUACCGCAGAACCUUCCCCCCGGUCAACCUCUCCAUGCGCAAAACCCCAUCCAUCCAUAUCCGCCACAGGUACGCGCGCCUGACAACCACGGAAGUCGGCCUGGAACUGUACCGGCUCCUCCCACCGAUCAGGGCUAUGGCCAUGCCCAACAGUUCGUCGUGCAUUAUGAUCGCAAUGGUCAGCUCCAUGCUCAACCUUAUGGGCGCUGA